UCUCACUCCAAACUCGCUUUCAUCACCAAACCAAAUCCCGUAACGUUGACGAGGACAUCUCUCUCUUGCAGAGACUCGUGUGCUGUGAUGAUUGAUCUUGUAAGCACUUAAGCACCUGCGGCAUCUGCCCCAUCAUCAGCCUUGAUUGUGGGUGGUGUCAGUGGGUGGUGUCAGAAUAAAUCUUCGCGUAUUUCUAACCACCAAAUGCAUGUCAAGAUCACUUGUGCGUUAAUGUUUAUGGUCACGCGUCUGCUCGCAAUGAGUGGUAUGGGAAUUGCAAGUCUUCGCGAAUCGGAAGUGUCCCUGCAAUCGCGUCAUCAUGGAGGUCGUUCUCCGAUUCAUUCUCUGUGCAGGACCCAGGCGAAUUCAAGAUGCCUACCAACUUUCACAGAGCAUUGUGCUCGGGUAAAGCGAAAAGGUAUCAUGAUUCAUUGGCUGUGUGCAAGCCAAGCUGUACAUAUGGAGGACGCAAGUUUGAUAAUUAUGAUUAGCCAUGGAUGAUGACACGAAAUGAGGAUGCAGUCAUUACCUAUUAAUAAAAUAAGUACCGUUUCCAGUGCACAUUACGAGCGACAAUAGAACUGAAAUAACCCCGGACAUUCACCAAUUCCGCUAGCAGCAGUAUGACCGGCCGCCUCCGUGUUCCCCGGAGUCUAUCUGAACUACUACUGGUUGCUGUUGUAAAUUGGGGUCCGGUGAAGGAGGUCCAUGAUAAUCUUCAUCACGUAUCAAGGAAUCGUCAC